GAACUUAGCUGCGAAGCGAUCUUCUUCUUCUUCUUCUUUUAUUUUGGGGGGUGGGGGUGGGGAAUGAAAGCCGAGCUGCCUUUACUUUCGAGGCACUCCCUGCUCUGACUUAACCCCUGCCACCCGCGCCCGGCGCUUGGCCCUCGGAGGAGCGCGGACGGGAUCCCCGGGCGGUGGUGGCGCGGGCCGAGGAGUGAUCCUUCUCUCCUUCCAAGUGCACAAGCGACACGCACACGCAGCCCAGCCCAGGCUUCCCGGGCGGCUCUGCCCCUCCCCCGCAGCCUCGGCCCCCGGCGCGCCCGGACCGCUAUGGAGGUGCUGGAGAGCGGGGAGCAGAGCGUCCUGCAGUGGGACCGCAAGCUGAGCGAGCUGUCAGAGCCUGGGGACUCCGAGGCUCUCGCCUACCCCACGCACUUCUCAGAACUUCUGGAUGAGUUUUCCCAGAACGUCUUGGGCCAGCUCCUGAACGACCCGUUUCUCUCUGAGAAGAGUGUGUCCAUGGAGGUGGAGCCAUCCCCCACGUCCCCAGCGCCUCUCAUUCAGGCCGAGCACAGCUAUUCCCUGAGUGAGGAGCCCCGGGCACAGUCCCCGUUUGCUCACGCUGCCACCAGCGACAACUUCAAUGACGAUGAAGUGGAGAGUGAGAAGUGGUACCUGUCUGCAGACUUUCCUUCAACAACCAUCAAGACGGAGCCGAUCACAGAUGAGCCAGCCCCUGGCCUUGUUCCCUCGGUCACCCUGACCAUCACAGCCAUCUCCACGCCAUUUGAAAAGGAGGAGCCCCCUCUGGAACUGAAUACUGGGGUCGAUUCUUCCUGCCAGACCAUCAUCCCUAAGAUCAAGCUGGAGCCUCACGAGGUGGAUCAGUUCCUCAACUUCUCUUCUAAAGAAGCCGCCGCGGACCACCUGCACCUCCCGCCCACCCCGCCCAGCAGCCACAGCAGCGACUCGGAGGGCAGCCUGAGCCCCAACCCGCGCCUGCACCCCUUCGGCCUGCCGCCCGCCCACAGCCCGCCCCGGGGGCUGGCGCGCGCCCCCUCCGCCCUGUCCGCCUCGCCGCUCCUCACCGCACCCCAGAAGCUGCAGGGCUCCGGCCCCCUGGUCCUGACGGAGGAGGAGAAGAGGACCCUGAUCGCCGAGGGCUAUCCCAUCCCCACCAAACUGCCCCUCACCAAGUCCGAGGAGAAGGCCCUGAAGAAGAUCCGGCGGAAGAUCAAGAAUAAGAUCUCUGCCCAGGAAAGUAGAAGAAAGAAGAAAGAAUACAUGGACAGCUUGGAGAAAAAGGUGGAGUCUUGUUCGACCGAGAACUCGGAGCUCCGGAAGAAGGUUGAGGCUCUGGAGAGCACCAAUAGGACUCUCCUGCAGCAGCUGCAGAGGCUCCAGACGUUGGUGAUGGGCAAGGUGUCUCGCACCUGCAAGCUGGCCGGCACGCAGACGGGCUCAUGCCUCAUGGUGGUUGUGCUGUGCUUUGCCGUUGCGUUUGGGAGCUUCUUCCAGGGCUACGGGCCCUAUCCUUCUGCCACCAAGAUGGCCCUGCCCAGCCGGCACUCGGCACAGGAGCCUUACACAGCCUCCGUCGUGAGAUCCAGGAACUUGCUCAUCUACGAGGAACAUUCCCCCCUGGAGGAGCCGUCCAGCGCGGAGCUGGGCCGCUGGGAUGGAGGCUCGUCCCUGCGCAGGGCCGCGGGGCUGGAAGCCCUGCCAGAAGUGGAGCUGCCCCAUUUCCUCCUCGCCAACGAGAGCAGCCUGGAGAAAUCCGUGCUGCUGGAGUUGCAGCAACACCUGGCCGGCACCAAACUGGAGGGGAACGAAACCCUCAAAGUCGUGGAACUCGACCGAAGAGUAAACACCACUUUCUGAGAGGUGCUCCCCAGCCGCCCUCCCGCUCCUCCCCCCAGCUUGGACCUCCCCCAACACCUUCCUCGUGAGUUUCGCCUUUUUGCCUCCAAUCCGGAUGAAGACGCAGACAGGGCCUCCGUGCUGCUGUUGGUGUGGCAGGGGCAGUGAGCGCCCUCCCGGCUGUCCUGGUCCUCCUGGCACAAGAAUAGUGGUCCUCCCUACGCAGGAUACUGGUCCUCCUCGCGUAAGGAUACUGGUCCUUCCCGCGCAAGGAUACUGGUCCUUCCCGCGCAAGGAUACUGGUCCUCCUGGCGCAAGGAUGCUGGUCCUUCCCGCACAAGGAUACUGAUCCUCCCCGCGCAAGGAUACUGGUCCUCCCCACACAAGGAUGCUGGUCUUUCCCGCGCAAGGAUACUGGUCCUCCCCACACAAGGAUGCUGGUCCUCGCCUUCUCUUUCAGGACAUUCCUGGAGUGGGAAGGUCAGGGGUGAGCCCAGAGCCUUCUCCCACCUAGAAAGUGCCAAGGAGAUUCUGCCUGAUUCUCACCAGUGGGGUGACCCCGUCUUUGGAGGAGAGCUAGCUCUUGUCCACUGACGCCCCAGACUCAGGCAGCGAAAAUGCCCGCACGCCUGCGGGAAUGUGGCCCAGCACCAAGCAUCCAGCGUCCGCUCCCAGGGCCUCACGCGUGUCCGCCCUGUCCACUCUGGAAGUGCCUGCGACUCCGAGGAGCACCCCCGCCGCUGCCCCCGGGCUGCAGUGCAAUGCCUGAAGGAAUCGGGCUUUUCUCUUCCCCCUCUCCUCUGGCCGCUCGUCACCUGCGCCCCUGCAUCCCCAGCACUGUGCCCCCGGCUUCUCCUCCCCGUUUGUAAAUAGUAUUUAUUAGCACGCCGAGGCUUCUCACGACCACGCUGAAGAGACCUGUCCCCCAAUUCUGGGCCAGCAGGCGCGUCUGCUGCCUGUGGAGUGAGGAGGGCUUGGGGGGGCCCAUCUUUCCAGGCCAUGUGUCCUUUCCUUCUCUGCCUCCUCCACAUCCUCCCCUCCUCCUUCCUCUCCUCCUCCCACUCCUCCUCUCUCCUCUUCAUCCCCCUUCUCCCUCCAUCAUUCCUCUCUUCUCCUCCUUCUCCCCCUUUCUUCCCCUUCUCCUCAUUCUCCCCUUCCUUCUCCCUCUCCUCCUCCCAUCUCACCCCCUUCCCUUCCUCUCCUUCCUCCUCCUCCUCCCUCCUCCUCCCUACUCCUCUUCUCUUCCCUCUCCUUCCAUUCUCCCACUCCACUUCCUCCUCUUCUUCCCUUCCCUCCCCUUCAUCCCUCUCCCUGUCCUCUUCCUCGCCCUCCCCCUCCCCCUCUCUCUCCUCCCCCUCCUUCUUGUCUUGUCCAGCACAUGGCCUCCUGGGCCACCGUGGAAGGCCAGGGAGCAGUGUCUGCCCAGGGGUGUGGCUCUGGCCAGGGGCUCCUCCUGUGCCGUGCCCACCUCAGGGUCUCCACCAUCCCCCUGGCUCCCUCCAGCCCUGGCCUUGCCCCCUCCCCUGCAUUUCCGCUUCCCCUUCCCCUCUCACCGCCAUGCUGGGCGGCCACGGAGGCGGCUCCUGGAGGUGGUGGCCACGUGUGUCCAGAGUUUUACCUUUGAUACAGUCAGGUUUGGCUACUUUGCAGCUCACCCAAAGACAAACAACCUAACCCCCCCAUCCUACUUUUAGUACUGUUUUUUAAUGAUUCAAAGUAAUGUUUGUAGUUUUUCAAAGAAUCUUUUCUGUUUUCCUACAAAUAAGAAAUGGAAAUAGUGUUCUGUUUUGUUUUGUUUUGACUGUGUGACGUAGAAGAUGCCACCAAAGUUUGUUUCAGUCGCUUGUAAAGAUUUGGGGUAGGAGAUUAGCUUCCAUUUCGUAUUGUUUGUGUAGACCUGGUGGAAAGGUUGACUCCUCUCCCUCUCUCUCUCUCUCUCUCUCUCUCUCUCUCUCUCACACACACACACACACACACACACACACACACACACAACGUACUUUAGAGGGGUACAUUAAAGAUACUGCCUGACAUCAUUAUCCUUCUCAUCAGACCUGAGCUGGAGACCCCCGCUUUGCCGGCCGAGCCACAUUUGGGGGCACCUCUUCCUGCGGGAUGGGGCGUUUCACACAGAAUUCUCUGGCCAAGCUCAUCUUCUCUCUCUUUCACUGCCUGAAGUCUGUGGUGGUCCCGGGGACCCGCGCCAACCUGCCUGGUCCUUACAGAGCUUCUUGGGGACCCAGACUUCGGGAUGUGGGAAGGGGGGUUCUCCCGCCAGACCCUGCCUGGCUCCUCACAAUCCCUUCCCUCCUCCUCCUCUCCCAGCGCUCCUGGGCCUGUCUGUUGUGUGGUUCUCAGACGUUUCCUUCUCUGAAAAGAAGUGUCCUGAACCCGUCAGAGUGGGGGUGGAAGGGGAGCGUUAAUGGGGAGUGGAGGCAGGGUCUGGAGGAGGAGGAGGGUUUUGUGUUGAAGGGACCGAGUGUGGGAGGGGCCAGGCUGCCCACUCUUGGGGCUCUGUGGGUCCCUGCCGCUCUGCAUGAUGGAGGGGAACCGGCCCGCACACCUCACGCAGCCUCCCAAACUUAGUUGGCUCUUUCCCCCUUCGCCACAAAAAUACUGCUCAGUAAAUCUGCCUUCUCGAAGUGAACAGAGAGCAACACCCAGCCGCACCCAAGGGUGCUGCUGCCUCUCCCUGGGUGGUUCCUGUGUGUGUGUGUGUGUGUGUGUGUGUGUGUGCGCGCGCGCGUGCAUGUGUGUGUGGGGGGCUGUCACCCCUUCAGGGUAACGCUGUGCCAGCAUCCUGUCCUCAGUGGCUGGCGGAUCUUACCCCCCACCCCUUCCCUCCUCCUCCCUGCCCUCGCUUGCUAGCACAACUCCGUCCCUCCGUGCAGCACGCCUUUCCCUCUGUUCUUCCAGAACUGAGCCUGGCCCCACACACUUCUCUUGGGCUCGAGUUGAUGAUGGCUGUUCUCAGGGGGGUUAGCAAUCUGGGUGGCUGCCGUCCUGACAGACACCUCUUGGUGAGGAAAGUGACAGAAACGGUCAUCCGACAGGGGUCUGGAAGACUCAGGAGAUGACCAGGCUGGGCCAGGAGGUGCGGGGGACAGGACCAGGCUGCUUCCUAAGAGCUCCUGGACAUGGCCACAUUUUCUGUUCCGGUCUCAAGGUCAGAAUUGUGGAUGUUUCCCACACCGGGGCCCUCUGAGCAGUUGUCGGAGCACGGUUCACCCCAAAUAGCCCCAACAGUGCAGACACUGAAUUUUGAAUGUAUUUGGAAGACUUGAGGCUGUUAGCACAUCUAGGACCCCUGAGGAAGACGCGCUCAUGACAGAGAGGCAAGCUCCAGUUCUCCCCCUGCAAAGAGGCUUUCAUCAUCUUUGCUGCUCUGGGAAGGAGACAUCUUGCGGACAAAUUCAGAGAACUGGCCUUUUUUUUUUCCUCCCCCUGUUAAGCUGGACGAGUCACCAGAAGCUCCACCCGGUGCUUUCACAGUGCUCAAUUGGAUCCUGUAAAUGAAAGGCCUCUGCGCAGGAAGGGCUUUCUGUGAAGUGCCAGGGCUCCAGAGGCAGCCCACACGAACGGUGUGAACGCCCCAACGCCCCGGCUGGGGCUAGCAAGGUCGCCCCCCGGGGUCCCAGAGUAGGGGAGAGGUUUGACACCAGGGCGGAUGAGACCAGAAAGCUUUCCCUGCUCAGAAGACCCGAUUGGUAGAUGGUGAAAAUAUUUUUCAUGCCACGUCUUCACAAACCAGCCCUCAAUGCCAGGCUCUGGUUUGCCCCUCCAAGAGAUCACCGGUGUGUAGCCUGGGUGUCAGAUGUCAGGGGAAGUGCCUGAGCGUGCAGUGUGGGCAUGCUGGAUCGUUUCUCCUCUGCUCCACAGGGAACCUGACAGAAUUGUUGUCAGUGUUUGAUUACGAAUGUUCCAUGUUCCACGGCUCCUUCUUGCCUUGUCUUCAGGCCUCCUCCCCCAGGAAGACACAGCACAUGUGGUCUGAGAGGCAGAGCUGAGCUCAGGCAGAGAUGGAGGUGCCCCCCACUCAGCCGGUACCCAGAGGAAAGGGUCCCUACCCCUCACACAGCAGCCCUUGGGGGCCCUCUGCCUCCCACCAUUCCCGGGACUCGCUGCUUCUGUGGAAGCCAGUUUGAGAGGAGCUUGGAUGAGAGGAGCCUCAGCCCCGCUUGCCAAACUGUAGGAUCUGAGCACCCACUGGCAGGCAGUGCCCUGGGGAGUGCCCCCCUUCCCCCCUCACUGGAACCCUUUUCAGCUGAGACACUUGCAGAAAUCUGUGUGGAGAAGCGCCUCUGGGUGGGUGUGUUUCAGAGGGCUGGGAAGAAUCAGAGUUUUGAAGAGUCAGAACAAUCCAUUUCAGAUUUCUCAUUCAUUUAUUCAUUCUUUCAGUGAGUGUUAGGGCUCUGCGGUUUGCAUGGGGUCCAUUGCAGAGUAAGAGGGACCGAAAGCAUGUCGUUCAUUAGCUUUUAUUCAAGACACCAGUGUUGUGUUUCUUUCUCCCUUCCCUCCACCCCUCCACCCCGCUACUCCCCCCUACUACUCACAUGUGCCUUAAACGGGCCUCAUAGAUGAACCCAGGGUGACUGGGAAGUCCCUUGGCCCCGGCAGAUUUUCUGUGUGGCUUAGAAUCACCUGGAGGUGGACAGUGGGAGAGCCCCAUUUUUCCUUCCAGGCUCAAAGAUGGUUUCUCUAACAGGGCUCCAAGAACAGAUUUUGCACUUUAAGAGAAAAGAAACAGGGAUUGUGUCCGUUAGGAGAUCCCCGUUAUGUAAAGGCGCAAACAUCUCAUGAAGUGGCCAGCCAGCAUGAAAGGGGGGUGCAGAUCCUUCCAGAAGAACAUCCUGGGGUCAAGGAAUUCUGCCCAUGUCGGGGAAUCCAUGUGUCAUCGGCCCAAGUCUCAGCCCUUCCGACCGGGAAAAUCUAGCUGAGGGAGUGCAGAGAGAGAGAGAGAGAGAGAGAGAGAGAGAGAGAGAGAGAGAGAGAGAGAGAGAGAGAGAGAGAGAGAGAGAGAGAGAGAGAGAGAGAGAGAGA